AUGGCUUCAGAGGCCAUGGAGGAUGUGCAGCCAGGGGGGAAGAGACCUGCGCUCGACAUCGAGAGCCUGAAGCGCAAGAAGUUCAAGGCUGAGGACCUCCCUUUGUCCGCGGCGCAACACGCUGCCAUUGACAAACUCCUGCACUCGUUCAAGAAGAAGGGCGGAUUCGACAGUAUACGGAAACAAUUAUGGGCUGAUUUCAACGAGGGCGAAUCGAAGACCAUGUUCACCGACCAAUUGAUCGCGCUCGCCGAGUCGGAGAUCGAACGCGAACCAGCGCAUCUCUCACGAGAGAGAGGUAAAGCCGCGACACUUAUUGAGGGGGCUGUCGACCGUGGCGACGUUUACAAAAAUGUGGAGGAUUCCAUCGACCGACUUGCUUCGAAGCAUCUGGAUGCAAUUAUGGAUACAGUGCGCGCCAUCCGCCGUCAAGAUAUUGGAGAAGAUGCGGCUGCCAAAGAAGAGCAGGCUGGCAGCAAAACAGACGACGACUACAAUGCCCAUGUCAAGGAAAAACGGGAUGCGCGCGACGAAAUCUAUCGUGAAGAGAUGCGCAAACAAAAGGAAAUCGAAGACGAACAGAAACGUAUUCGAGACGAAGAAUUACGAAAGAAACGAGAAAUCGAACGCAAAAAGGAGGAUGAAGAGCGAGCCCGAAGAAAAGAGAUCGAUGACCAACGACGGGCCGAGCGUGAGCGCCUGCGUGAUGAACAACGUGCUCUUGAUGAGCAGCGAGAUCGUGAGCGAGAUGAAAGGUGGCGCGGUAGAGAUGACCGGGAUCGUUAUCGCGGUUGGGAUCGUGAUCGUAGCCGGACCAGAGACCGUGAUCGUGAUCGUGAUCGUCUUCGUGAUCGUUCGCCGGCAUAUCGAUCAGAUCGGGGAGGAUCCCCACGCGGUCGAGACGCGAAAACAGACAGAUCAAAUACUUCCGCGAUCCCAACACCAGGUCCAGCGCCGCCGGUGGACGAGAAAUCACUCGAGGAGGCUGCUUUGCAGAUGCUUUUGAAGGAGGGCGAAGAACUUGCAGCAAAGGCGCGACAAAAGCCAGAGUUUGACUUUGAAGAAGCCGAAGCCAUCGAAAACGGACUCAAGCCAGGGUCUACAGCGACGGCCCCGGUCAAAACUUCAAUUGAAACGAAGCCCGCUUCCACCAGAGCAACUACACCAUCUCGACGACAGGAGCCAAUGCCGGAUCGAACCCGGAAUCCGGACAGGGGGCGAAGUCGAAGCCGCAGCCGUUCUCAUCGCCGAUAUGCUUCUCAUUAUGACCCGAACCGCCGUCGAGACCGGUCUCGGGAUGCUUCAAUUAGACCGCGCGAUCGUGACGUAGACGAACGUCCUGGACUUCGCGACUUCCGCGAACGCGCUCGUGAUGAGCGAAGCUGGCGGCCAACCCGUCGCAGCCGCAGCCGCAGUCGAUCCGUUGGCCGGGGAUGGGAUCAGGAUAGUAAACGUGAGCGAGAUCGUCCCCGCUCAAGGUCUCGUGAACGUGAUCAUGACCGCCGGCGGCAUGAUCGCAGCCGAGACAGGAGUCGAGAUCGUGAUCGUGAUGAGCCUCGCCGCCGCGCUCGCUCUCCGACUCAUCGACGCUCACAAGGCGCUCACGUUCUGGCGGACGCAGACGAUCGCGAUCCCGUCGCGCAUCACGAACUAGGCGGCCUUCCCCAGCCCGGCGUGCCUCUCCCGGCGGCCUUGAUAUCGAUCGCUACGUACCUUCGACUAGCAACCGCAGCAAAUCUCCCCGACGCCGAAUCAGGUCUCCAGAGCGUGAACCAAGACCGUCGGCAGCCCGAUUUGGUGAUAUUGACAGAUAUAUGCCUCCAUCCGAACGAGAGAAUGAUCCCACUAGAGAGGCGGGCAAGGAAAAAGAGCCUGAAACCACUGUCACUCAUGGCAAGGAGCCCGAGGAACGACGACCUCGUCGUCGAAGCCCGAGCCCCAUUCGACGAAGAAGCCGCAGCCGCAGGCGAAGCCCUGAGCGACGAAGAAGCAACAGUCGCAGGAGAAGCCCUGAACGACGAAGAAGCAACAGUCGCAGGCGAAGUCCUGAGCGACGAAGGAGUCGUAGUCGACGCAGGAGCCGAAGCCGAAGUCGAAGAAGAAGCUUGA